AUGGAGCAUGAGGCAACCCAUACAAGGCGACACCUGCUGAUCAUCCAAAGGCCAACAAAGGCUCGGAUAUCGCGCCUGGAAGCAGAAAAUGAACAACUCCGACGGAAUCUUGGCCGCGUCGACGCGAUUUUGGAGACCUCAACCGAGCCCGCGGAGAUCAGUCCUACUCAGCAGCGGCAAGGGCCGCUUGGUGUUGAGAAAACAGUAGCAGGGACAGGCACAGAUCAAUCUCGAUCCGCUGUUUCAAGGAUCUUCAUCUCCCCAAAUGGGGUCUCUAGUUACCAUGGGCUUACUAGCACUUUGUUCGAUGAUGCGCCGACAGAUAGACACGGCCAUCCCCGGGACCCCCAGUUGCCGGUAGAGCACAUUCGGAAACAGUUGAUGGGGGACGCGGCCUAUCAAAGGCAGUUGGAAGCUGUGAAUUUGCGACAAGGAAAACUGGACUUCGACGGAGUGGACCCCGAGCUCGGAAUGCAUCUCCUGUCCUUACAUUGGAACCGACAGCACCACUCAUUCCUAAUCACAUAUCGUCCGGCUUUCAUGCGGGAUAUGGCCAAUGAGGGGCCAUAUUUCUCCAAGUUGCUCCUGAAUGCGAUUUACUUUGGCGCGUCAAAGUUCAGCAGCCGCCCGGAAGUCCGUCGAGAUCCGGACGAUGUCCGAACUGCAGGAUGGUCGUUUCGGAUGAGAGUCAAAGAGCUUCUAGGCAGCGCUCUAGACCGGAGUGAGAUCACGACCAUACAGGCAUUGCUAGUAAUGACUAGUUCGUUGUUUGCGCUUGGCGACGAGCGAAGUGCUGCGUGGCUCUACGCUGGUACUGCAUUUCGAAUGAUCAUUGACCUCGGCAUGCAUGUCGACCCGACCAUGUUGAGCAACAUACGACAUCUCUCUGAUGAAGAUAUAGAAAUUCGUCGCCGGGUUUUCUGGGGUGCCUUUGUUGUGGACAAGAUUCAGUCCUUGUACCAGGGUCGCCCCGCAAGCUUACAAGACUUCGAUACAAAGGUCUCCCUGGCCUUCCUGGAUCAUUAUGAAGAGCUUGAACACUGGCAGCCAUUUGCGUACUCCGAUGCUAAGGCGUACGCUGGUUCACCAGCAUAUAGUGUCUCAACCUUCAUAGAGCUCUGUAGGCUAUCAUUGAUCUUGAAUGGUAUCUUGAACAAGGUCUACUCGGAACGAAGCUCAACCCGGUCACCACAGGAACUGAUCGCAACUUUGAACACUUUAGACACGCAGCUCAAGGAAUGGCAUGAAGCGUUGCCUAACCAUCUGCGGUUUAGCAAUGACGCAGAAAUUACACCGCCACCUCAUGUCCUCUCCCUCUUAGCACUCUACAACGUCUUGCUCAUACUUCUGCACCGACCCUUUGUGGCUGAGGGACAUCUUCAUACCACAGACCCCUCGGUUGCUAUCAGCUCCUUCACCACCUGCACAGCAGCUGCAGCUCGGAUCAUUCAGGUUCUCCAAACCUACGACCGUACAUUUUCAAUUCAAAGGGCCCCGUAUCUCAUCUCAUAUGCAACGUAUGUCGCUGCCACUAUUUGGGUUCGGGUCGCUGCCCAGAGGGAAGGUGGAAGUCGUGCUCAUACCAACCUCUGGACAUGUCUUGACAUCUUUCAAAAGAACCAAGAGACCAAUUGGGCGGUCCGCCGCGCAAGGAAUGUGAUUGUGCAUUUGAUGGAUCGCAUGGGUGUUGAUCUGAGUAGCCGACAUCAGGAAACUGCUCAGGUGGGAACAGAGCAUACCGAUAAUAGGAGCCACCGUACAGGUCGCUCGGAGGGUCAAGUCUAUUCUCAAGAAGAGGCAGCCGUAUACCCUGCCCUGCCUAGUCAGAUGACGCCACCAGAAGCAGAGACGUCCGAACUGGACAUGGACAUGAUCAUUCAGAGCUUCAUUAGACAACAGGCAAGACCAAACGAGGGACAUUUGCCCUAUGAGCAGACCUACAAUGGUCUUUCUGGGUCUGCGGAUGUCCCGCUGGGGCCAUCCAAUACUUUUUCGCCAGUUAUGCUGCCAGGAUGCGCCAAUCCAUAUAUCGAUGUACCGUUUGAUGAAGAUAUGUUAUUCGGGUUCAAUGGUUCUGUGCAAGAUAGCAUUUUGUAUAACUAA